CCCGAAAUGAGCCCAUCCAAUCUGUGCCGGAUCUUCUGGUUCUCUCAGCGCUGACUGACCGGCGAGAGUGCCGCCAUAUCUGUCCCCAAGUUUCAAACUUUCGAGCUUCGAUCGGAGAUUCAGAAGCUCAAGAGCGCCCCCAGAAGCCUCUCCAAUCUAGUCCCUCUUUACCCAAGCCAAUUUCUUCCAUCCCAUGGCGAUGAACAGCGUUCAAACCCUGGGAGCUCCCGCGUCCACUGAAAUCCCCGAAGAUGCCGAAAUAGGGAACGCAUCGGAGGAGGAAAUCGAGAGACUGGAGUCGGAUGUGUCGCAGAUGGCCGAGAAGAUCCUCCGUUACCGCACGAAUCUCCCCGAUCAGCUCAAGCAGGCCCUCGAUUUGCUAAAAUCCGCCGAGAGAUUCGACGUCACCAGCUCCCGACCCGGAACUUCGGGGGAUUCUGACCAAGGCUACGAUUGUGCAGUCCCAAAGCAAUGCAUAAGAAGCAGAAGAUCUCAUGCGGUGGGGGAAACUUCGAUUUUGCUUUUUUCCAUCCGUGGGUGUUUGAACUUAGCGUCUCAAAUGCACGCUAUUCUCAGUGCCCGUGAAAACUCUUCUGCUGUGCUUUUUCUUUCCCCUGUACCGCUUGAUUAUAUCGUAUUAAAACUUGAAAAAUGCUGUUUAAACAAAGAUGCUUCUAGUUUAUGUGAUGCUGGGCAAGGUUUCUUUGUGGAGUUUGAGUAGGCUUGCUGAUUGUUGUUGUUGUUAAGUUUUUGCUCAUUGUUAUGUUGUUAAUUCACUGUGUCUGAAGCAUAUAGAGGAGACCAAACGGUCACAUGCAAUGCGGAAUGUCUUAUGUCGUAUGCUAUUAGUAUCUGUAGAAUAUGUAUGAGGAAGAUGAUCUUCUGGUGUCAAACAUUUGGAUGUGUAGGGUUAUUUAUGGUUUUGGAGGGGCAUGGAAAACCUUUUUCUCACGCCUGUCAUGAUGCUGAAGCCUUGGGUGAGAUGCGAUUCCUUGUCAGUAGAAUCAUGGCCGAGCCCUAGCGUUUGUUUAUCUUCCUCAUUUAGUCGACUUUGCUUGGCGUAGCAACGGCAGCAAUCGAGUGUAGUAAGAGCUAUUUGGUGGUAUGAAGGGAAAAACGGUGACCUGAAUGUUCUUCGUUGGUCAGCCGGCUCAGUUUGUUUUCUAGAGAAUUGUGCAUGUGAUGGAGUGAGUCGCAAAAGAGAACCUGCAAGCAUGUUCAAAAAAUCGAAUUACUUGCUGUUGGGCGGAAGUUAUCCACGGAGACAUUAGGUUUUGGAGUAAUACUUCUUAACUUGUUCAUAACAGGGAAUUUACCAUGAACUGACUAGAAUUCUACUCCUGACUUGGUGCUUUUCUCACAAACUAACAAUAUAUUAAUGGAGCAAACUGUUCACAAUUUUGUUAUAUUCAGAGCAAAGCUUGAGCAUGCUCAAUGAGCAAACUGUUUUUAAAUGUUCCGUUAUGCUGCAUCAACCUCGUGUUGUAUCAGUGUCUUCUCUGCAUUACUUCAACUGGAGUCAGCAUUGAUUCCGAGAA